AUGCACGAAGACGUUUUGCUCGGAGGAUUACUAGAAGAAGAAUCCAAUAAAGGAACUUGCAUAAGCAAGCGCGAAUCCGCACUUUAUCGUAAACCUUCGCCUCACAAACCUUCUCCAUAUCUCAUCUCGAGAUUGCGAAAGUACGAAGCUAUGCAUAGAAAAUGCGGACCUAAUUCUUCCAAUUUUGAUAAAGCCGUGAAGAGAUUCUCCCCGGAAAAGGGAGCCCCCUCCAUGACUAAUUACUCGAUAGAAGAAUGCAAAUAUCUCAUUUGGAUUCCUUCCAAUGGCUUGGGUAAUAGAUUGGUGAGUAUAGUUUCCGCAUUCCUCUACGCUCUACUCACGAAUAGGGUUUUCCUCAUCGACGAGCCGGAGAGCGAGGAUGAUCUCUUGUGCGAGCCAUUCGAGAACACAACAUGGCUUCUUCCUCCCAGUUUUCCGCCAAAGAUAUAUUUCACGAGGUUUCAUCGAAACCUUCCAAAUUCUUACGGUAACACGAUAAAGAAUAUGAACACGAGCACCCGUGAUUUCUUCAUUAAUAAUGCGUCGGUUCCACCUUUGUUUUAUCUUCAUCAGCUAUUUGAUUGCGAUGAUCAUGACAUGCUCUUUUAUUGCGACGACUAUCAACUCCCGCUAAAGAAAACGCAAUGGUUGGUGUUGAGAUCGGAUGAAUACUUUGCACCGUCGCUAUUUUUAAUGCCAGCCUACGAGCAAGAACUAAGUAGAUUAUUCCCCAAGAAAGACAAGUUGUUUCAUCAUUUAAGUAGAUACCUUUUCCACCCUUCAAAUGUCGUGUGGGGACUUGUCAAGCGGUACUACGAUGCUUACUUUUCCGGGGCAAAUGAGAAAAUCGGUAUCCAAAUAAGGGACUUCAAAACCACACCAAUGUCUUUCAAAGGGUCGAGUAAACGAAUUUUUAGCUACUAUUUUCCUUUUUUUGCGCGCAACAAAAGAGUAAAUCAACAAAUUCGAGAUAUUUGCAGCGUAACAAGCAUGGAUGCUUACAUGAUGGACCGGAUCGUGUCAUGCUUGCUAGACCAAGGGAUUUUGCCCAAACCGGUUAUAAGAAACGUCCCUAACGACAAGUACAUUGUAUCAUAUCCAAAUACAAAACCUAUAUCAAAAGCCGUCAUGGUGGCAUCAUUGAGUUUGUCAUACUACGACAACAUAAGCAACAUGUAUUGGGAACAACCUACGGAAAAUGGAGAGGUUAUAAGGAUUUGCCAACCUAGCCACGAGAAUAGCCAACAUAACGAGAAGAUGACACACAACAUGAAGGCGUGGGCCGAGAUAUAUCUCCUAAGUUUGAUGGAUGUGUUGAUCAUAAGCCCAUUUUCUACGUUCGGCUAUGUAGCUCAAGGAUUGAGCGGCAAAAAAGUGUGGAUGAUUAAUUCUCCUCACGUGAAAAUCCCACCAACCGAACCGUCUUGUGUUCGAGCUAAGUCGCCCGAGCCUUGCUUCCAUAGUCCUCCUUAUUAUGACUGCAAGGCUAAAUAUGGGGUUGAUCCAGGAUCAAGGGUUCCUUAUGUGCAACACUGUGAGGAUUUAAAAUGGGGGAUUAAAUUGGUUGAUGGUGAUGACUUAUAA